UUUUUUGCUGAGGUUGUCAAAAGACCGCCAGAGUGUGCAACAGACAUAUGGACCAGCUGAACCAUUCAGAGAUCUUAUUUUUUUUAUUUUGACUUUUUUUUUGUUAAAAAAAAAUCAUGUAAUGAACAAAAACAAACAUUAAAAUCACCUAAUUUUAUUUAUUUAUUCAUUUGACAGGGAUUAAGUAAUUUUGUACCAUAUGUCCUAGUUGUCCAAGAAGUCUUUAUCGUGAUAGGGACUCAAAAGUUUAGCAACGUGAAGUUUCACUAAAUGACCGUAGCGUGUCGCUGUUUUACCACAAUGUCCACAAACACCAAAGUUCGAUGCGAGCAAGAAGCGUAUAAUUGUUAAAUAUACUAAAUGUUAGUGAUGUUAUCCCCAAAAAAGCCUUUCAAGUGUCAUGUGACGCAUUCGAACGUGAUAAACGCCACAAAAGACUCGACAAAAAACGCGUUCAACGUAGUUGACGCAGUCGCGUCUCCAGAUUGGUCGUGACGUCACUCCGGCUCGAGCGAGGUGCGUUCGUGGCAGCGGCUGCGCGGAGAAGCCGAGCUGCUCAGUGCGGCUGAAGCCGGACCCGCGGAAGGCCGCUCUCGACGUGAUUUUGAUGACAAAAGUGCAACAUGGAUGCGUUCAAAGACGUUUUUCUCUUCUGUGCGCACGUUCACGUGCCCCGCUGCUGCCUUGUGAUGCGUUCAAGGGCUUGAAGAAAACUUCAGAGCUCGUGAAAGGUUGGCGAUUUCCCCCACCCCCUCCCUGACAUGCAGACCUAAAAUCCCGAGAGGCUCAAACCGGGCAUCCUCGCGGGAGCCGCGGAAUCAUGGGUAACCACCUGAGCGACAUGGCGCCGCCCGGCUCCUUCCUGCCCGGCUUCCGGUGCCUCCACGUGGUGGUGAUCGGGCUGGACUCGGCCGGCAAGACCUCUCUGCUGUACCGGCUCAAGCUGAAGGAAUUCGUGGAGACCAUCCCCACCAAAGGCUUCAACGCGGAGAAGGUGAAGGUGCCGGUGGGCGGCUCGCGGGUCGUCACCUUCCACGUGUGGGACGUGGGCGGCCAGGAGAAGCUGCGGCCGCUGUGGAAGUCGUACACGCGGCGCACCGACGGCCUGGUCUUCGUGGUGGACGCCGCCGAAGCCGACCGCAUGGAGGAGGCCAAGGUGGAGCUCCACAAGAUCAGCCGCAGCUCGGAGAACCAGGGCGUGCCCGUGCUGAUCCUGGCCAACAAGCAGGACCUGGACACGGCGCUGCCCGCGGGCCAGGUGGAGAAGCUGCUGGGCGUGCAGGAACUGAGCGCCGGAACGCUGCACCACGUGCACAGUUGCAGCGCCGUGGACGGCCGCGGCGUGCAGCAGGGCCUGGAGAAACUCUACGACAUGAUCCUCCGGAGGAAGAAGAUGGUCAAGCACAACAGGACCAGGAGGAGAUGAAGAGCGCAAAGGAGGGAGGCGGAAGAACACGUCCUCGACCCAAACCUGGUGAAAAAUAGGGGGUGGGGGGGUUCUUAAAAAUGUAGUCAAAGGGAAUUGGAACUGUAUUUAGCAAAAGUACUUAGUUGGAUUGAAACAAAAAAAGACACUUUAUCAAGGGAUUCUUCCACGUACCAUUCGAGGGAGGCUCUGUACCACCAGAGUACCACACUGACUAAUCACUAGUCGAAGCUAACGACUCUCUAGACCUGAAGCUACGAUUAAAAAAAACACUACCAUUUAACUUCAAACUCGACUGACAACAUCCAUAAUGAGGAGAUUCCUGUUGAUUUGCUAUCAGCAGAGCAAAAACCUGAAGUCUCAAUGGAACUCUACGCUACCAACCCAGACUAAACUUGGCUCCUCGCUGACAUACAAAGAUUAGAAUAGUCAAGGUGGGUCACUUACAUAGUUCCAAGACACUAAAUUCCCACUUUCCCGCUAUCCAGGACUUUGGGCCCCAUCUUAUACCAGAAAGUUGAAUAAUGUAGGAUGCCCCCCCCCUCCCCCUCCGUCCCCACCAACCAAUAAAAAUGAAUUUGUGCUCUUUUUUUUAAUAGCAUUAGUGUAAGGUAAUUACCUUUUCUCCAGUGUUUUUCUUACAAAACUAACAAUGCUCAGAUUUUAUUUGGCUUGACCGAUCUCAAGUCAAGCACUUUCUAAUAUUUUGGUGAACGUCACUAAACUCCACAGGAGCACAUUUUGUAUUCACCCGGCGGGAUGACGGCGACAUAUCGGGCGAGUUUCCACUCUGUCAAAUUCAGAGCCGAAAUAAUUUUAUGAAGAUAUACUGUAAAUCACAAUAAUGAAAUACCGCAAAUUUUGAUAACCUUGUGAAUAUUAUCAGAUUUCUCGGCUAGCAGAUUUUGUGACAUUUUUAUAGACUUCACCAGUCGAAAAUUAAGUUGAGUUUUUAACCGCCACGACUGCAUCCCUUGCUGAGUUUGUUCUGAAAUCUAGAAAGUUCCUUAAAUUUUCCGUGCAUUUGUGGUCAUAUCUGGGGGACGCUCCAACCUGUACGUUUUUGUAAGAUCGGUGACCCGAUUAAAUCCAAGCACCACCCCUUGAGACGACGUUUGUGGUCUUUCGUGAAAAGUG